AUGUCUUCAGCAACCACGUUUCAUAAUAUUCAACAACAGAUACUUCGUAUUGGUGGUCCAUUGUUGAUAGUUAUUGGAACUAUCAGUUGUCUAAUGAAUCUAAUGGUCUUUACCAAGAAUACUUUACGAAAGAAUCCAUGUACUAUCUGCUUUAUAGCUGUGAAUAUCAUCAAUUUAUUGUAUUUUUAUUUUGGUUUAUUGCCAACAAUCCUUUCAUCUGGUUACAAUAUUGAUCCAAGUACCAAUAGCAUCGUUCUCUGUCGAUUACGCCUUUAUUUUGCUUAUGUUUUUUCAUCCUGGCAGUCAUCUUAUAUUAUUUUGGCAGCCAUCGAUCGCACAUUUAUCACUUCACCAAAUGCCAACACUCGGCGAUUUAGUACACGUCGUUUAAUUACAAUCAGUAUGAUCAGUAUCUCGGUAUUUUGGUUACUCUUCAUGAGUCAUGGAUUAAUCUUCUCAGAAAUAAUUCAAUUCGCACCUGGCUACUUUGUUUGUUACUGUCAACCAGGUCUAUAUUCUACAUUGAUAGCUUAUCAAUCAAUUUCAAUCCUGGGAGUCAUUCCACCACUUGUCAUGACAAUCUUUGGAUUUUUGACGGUGAGAAAUAUUCGAGGAAUACAGCGUCCAGCACAACCUUCUCGAGCUGUCGAUACAGGAGUGAUCGCAGUUGGUCAACUACAUGCUUUGCAUUCAAAAGAUCAACAACUGAUUCGCAUGUUGCUUGUGGAUAUCAUUAGUUUUACUCUUUGUAAGUUUCCUUCAGAGAUCAUGACCAUCUAUUCACAAAUUACACAAUACAGUGCAAAAAGUGUCGAACAACAAAUAAUUGAACAAUCCAUUCUCCAAUUAACGUUCUUGUGGUAUUUUGUCGACAAUGGCAUUAGUUGUUAUACAAACAUAGUCGUUUCUAAAACAUUUCGAGCAGAACUAAAGCGUAUUUUUUCUAAUGCUUAUGCCUUUUACUUUCAUUAG